AUGUAUCGCCGGCAAAUAAAACUGCUUAAGACAUUCCACAACUGCCGCCUUCAACUUAUCUUGCACGUUACUUGGAAGGAUAAAGUCGCCCACAGCGAGGUUCUUCAAUGUGCAGAGGUCGUCAGCAUUAGGGCCAUUAUCAAACAACGCUUUCUUCGUUGGGCAGGACAUAUGCGGAUGUCUGGCAGUCGCCUCCCAAAAAUUGUAUUCUUCGGAGAGAUCGAAACCGGCAGUCGUCCACGUGCAGGCCCAAAGAAACAACUUCGAGAUUACCUUAAGCGUGCUCUUGUCUCUUGCAAUAUUGACCCAACACAAUUAGAGAGCCUCGAAAGGGAUUGGAUCGGCUGGCGGUUUCUCUGCGUCGCCGGAGUGGCGAACUUCGAAAAGGAGAGACUAACAACGCUCGAGGUGAAGCAACACCAGCGCCAUCAUCAACCUGCCAAUUCCGCAUCGGGCAUGUUUUCCUGCCACCUUUGCCCGAGAGCUAGUCGUUCGCGGAUCGUGCUGAACUCUCAUUUAGCAGCCCACAGAAGACGGACGGAGACUAAAGGGCAGUGA